AUGCGUAGACACUUCAUCGACCGAUACGACAUAAAUUUUCCACGUUUGCAUUACAACGUCACGAAUAUCGACGAUCUGUGGGAAGUCGAUUUGAUCGAGCUCGCUAAUCUCCGAAAUUACAACGAAGGCUAUUGUUACUUGUUAACAAUCAUCGAUGUGUUUAGCAAAUUUGUCUGGGUGGAACCAAUACGAAGUAAGUCUUCGACCAGCAUGACGGAGGCUUUUCGUCACGUACUCUCAAGAAACGGAGGGCGGAUUCCGACGUGGUUGCAAAGUGACAAGGGUAAAGAAUUCAUCGGUCAAACAUUUCAAAAUUUUCUGAAGAAAAAGAACAUAUGUUUUCGCACAUUGCGAAAUCCUGAUGCCAAAGCAGCGGUGGUCGAACGCUUCAACAGAAUGUUCGAAGAACGCUUAUGGCGCUAUUUUACACACAAAAAUAUACAUCGUUAUAUAGAUGUUUUACAAGGAAUCGUGCACGCUUACAACCAUACUCGACAUUCCACCAUUAAAAUGGAACCGGCAAGCGUCACGUUGGACAACGCACGCCUUGCUCGUGCAUAUGCAGCAGCGAUACUACCAUCUCGAUGA